AGUUCACUGAGAAACUCAUUUACAAAAAACCUCGUGGUGCUUCAAAACAAUUUCAUAAUUGCAAAUAUUCCUGCAAUUGUACAGGAGAUAUAGCAAUGGGUAAGACAAAAAAAGGUAAACCAAAACCUCAUAAAUCGAAUCCAACUGGAUUAGUUUCGAUGAGAGAACUAGAAAUGGAUGAAAAUGGGUCAACAGGCGGUCCAAUAAAUUCCAUCAUAGAGCAACUUCAAAGUGUGAAUUCUGAUGAGAAAAUGUGCGGCUUACAAGCUCUUUCAACCCUUUGUCAAAGAGAAUACAAUAUCCAGAGUAUUGUUGACAGUGAAAUCGUAAGAAUUGCUGCUCCAAUGUUAGUUGAUCAUGACUUAAACGUUCGUCAUGCUACAGCCGGUGCGCUUCGGAAUUUUUCAGCCGUAUCUGUUGAAAUUUGUGAAAACCUCGUGGAACAAGAUGUAUUUACGCCACUUUUAAUAUUACUCAAUCAGUAUGUAAACAACGAUUGGCUACCAACCAAAGAGAAACGUUCAGAUACUCUCGACCAGAAAUCCGAUACUUUUCUUCAAGCUGUUAACAUCGUAUGGAAUCUUUGUGAAAGUACAUCUGUAGCUUUAGAAUAUUUUAAUCAGUCACAACUUUUACAAAACUUUGUGCGAUGUCUUAAUUAUGAGUUAUUUGGAAUGGAUAUUGCUAUUUCAGUUGGUCAAUGUCUCUUAGUGAUAUCAGAAGAUAAUGCAGCAGCAUGGAAAGUCCUCAUAGACCAUAAUUCAGACUUUCAGAAUUUAUUGAAAAUUGAUGGCGACUUUCAAAUUGUGAUGCUACGUACUCUUGUCGCUGGCAUUAUCUCAAAUGUUCCAGCACUUUUGAUGCAAAACUUGAAAUUAGUCAUUGAAGCUCUGAGUAAGACAAUCGAAAUAAAUCAUCGCACUGUUUUAAAUGAAAUCACCAGUAAACUGCCAUUAAAUGAGACUGAUGGUCCUCAAAUUGAAGUGAUUGACGAAGAGAUGGCAGAGGAAUCAGAAGCUGACGCCUCUUUUCGAAGAUUUAAGGAAGAAUGUCCAACAGAACUUGAUAAUGAAAUCAAAAAUGUUGCUUAUUUGCUGUCAGCUCAACGAAUUUCAUCGGAAGUUUUAAGCAACAUUUGCACACCCGAAGACGAUGAAGGAAUGGACGAAGAUUUUGAUGAUAAAUCAGAUGCUGAAAGUGUCCAUGAUUAUGAUGUAACUCAACAAGCACAGCAAAAUGGAAAUCAAGUAGGUGGCGAUAAAAUACCAGUGGAAAUUGCAGAAGCAAUCAAAGCACAUCAAGUUGUUGAAAAGCUUUGGGCUCGAGCUCAACUACUUCCAGAAAAUGUCCAACAAAUUUUAGCUGAAUGUGAGAAAAAUCUUUGGAAACGACAAAAUUCCUUGAGAGUUUCGUCACUUCUAUGUCUUCACAAUCUUUGUAAUUGUAUGACGAUAGAAGAUCUUGGUGGUGCAACAGCAAUCUACAAUGUGUGGCUUGAUUUAGGACAACAAAUCUUCCAGACACAUCAAGAUCCAGCAACUGUUGAAGCUGCCACUAGUUUGAUGCGAGCGACAUUAGAUCAUUUAAAAAAAUCACCAGAAUUGUUUGAACAAGUUUCCGAAAAUGAUCUUCAUCUCAUUCUUGAUGGUGUUAAAGAUUGUGAGAAGUCAGAAGUUCGAGCAAAUUGGUUGCGAAUGUUGGGAACUUUGGGAUGUCUGUUGAAAGAAAAUCUUGUGAAAAAGAUUGUCGAGUUUGUCUUAGAUGCCACAUUAAAAGAAAAUGAUGUAUGGACAUUAUCAGAAUCCUUGGAUAGUUUUAUGGAUAUUUUCUCUGAUAACGAUUGGAAUCAAAUAGUUGACGAUCUGAAUGUUAUUUUAAAAUCACGUGAACUUGAAAAGAUUUUAAAGACAAAGAUGCGACAGCAAAAACGUGAGUUGGGCGACCGAUAUUCAUCGAUUCUUACAGUGAGAACAAAUCUCACACGAUUUUGCAAAUAUCUUGAAAAUCAACAGAAAAUUUAUAUGAGAAGUAAAAAUUAAAAUUUCAUGCAUUUAAAUUAUGUACAUAAAAUAAAAAAAAAUUUCACAAUUAAAA